UUGUAUAAAAAUAUAUUUUGAAACACAUAACGAGAUGAAUGAAAAAACAAUCUUAUUAAUUAUGUUAAAAAAACUGCAAACGGCGAAGAAUUUGCCAACUUGGCAUGCUGUAUCGGUGUUCGAGAGAGUGCGGAAAUUGUAUUUAGGUUUUGUUUUUCUGCAAAAGCAGAAAAUUAUUAGAAAGAAACGGAAAUUCUGGGUACGGCCAAUGUUCACGCACGUAAUGAGGCAUUUGCAAGGUGCAAGUGACAAUUUAGUUGUUGAGAUGCAAAUAAACGAUCGUGAAAAGUUCUUCAAUUACUUCAGAAUGACUCCGGAAGCAUUUCAAGAACUACUAAUGUUAGUUGAACCACGUAUUAAAAAAAAAGAAAUUUGUCGAAUCCCAAUUUCACCUCGUACAAGAUUGCAGCUGACAUUGCGCUGGUUAGCAUCCGGUGACAGUCUUGCAUCUCAUUCGUAUGCAUUUCGUAUUGCAUCCAAUACAGCAUCAAAAAUCGUAAGGGAAACUUGCACUGCAUUAUGGGAGGUCUUAAAGGAUAAAGUUUUUCUGCAACCCACCACUGAAAAUUGGCAACAGGUUGCUGACGAAUUUCAGGAAAUUUGUCAAUUUCCAAACUGCAUUGGCUCUUUAGAUGGGAAGCACAUUAACGUUCAGGCACCACCGAAUAGUGGCUCGUCCUGUUAUGAUUAUAAAGGUAACCACAGCAUCAACCUACUUGCUGUGAGUGAUGCAAAUUGUUGCUUCAGCAUCGUGGACAUUGGAGCGGAAGGGAGACGUAGCGAUGCGGGUGUGUUUGCUAGCAGUAAUCUUGCUCAUUUAUUGGAUACGAAUUCACUUCAACUGCCUCCGGAUAGGCAUUUGGAUAAUAGUGGAUUCAAAUUUCCAUAUGUCAUAGUAGGGGACGAAGCAUUUCCACUAACAUCUUAUAUGAUGCGGCCAUACUCUCGAAGUGGGAACUUAACUGUUACAAAGAAAAUUUUUAAUUAUAGAUUAAGUCGGGCACGAAGAACUGUAGAAUGCUCAUUUGGGAUACUAGCGGCAAGGUGGCGAAUUUUUCGUCGACCAAUUAUCGCUCACAUUUCAACGGCCAAAUUAGCCGUUCAAGCUGCAACAGCUGUACAUAAUUUUCUUAUGAAACGCGAACUUCAAUUAGAGUCAACAGAAAGAACUUAUUCUGUUUUAAGUAGCAAUGAGCGAAAUGUAACGUCGACUGGAAUUGAAAAUCUACGUAAUUGCAGUGUGCGAAGGAACGUUGAAGCCAUACGAAUUAGAGACGCUUUUGCUACGUAUUUCGAAACUUCAAAUCCACUUGAUUGGCAGUGGAGAAAAGCACUAAACAAUGAGUAUUAAAUUUCUAUUAUGUCCCUAUAAACACAAUAUUCCUCAAAGAAAAUAAGAUAUAAUAUCCUACACCUCAUUGUUUUGAACUUUGAACUUACGUACAUGUAUAUGUAAUGUAACAACAAAAUAUUAAUUUCUUUUAUACUCAAAUAUGAACUACUUAUCACGUUUUAUUGAAAUAGAAAUAAAUGUUUUAAUAUAAAAUGUAUUGGUAGAAAAAUAAAGAUAAUAAUAAUACAAAAAA